UGCUGUACCCCCGGUCUGUGACUGACAGGUCAUUAGCAGAAUUAGCUACAGGUAACGGCAGCUAGUUGACCUGGCGACAUGUGUGUCUUGAACUAUGCAAGGAAGGGCUAUUACACAGAAACCUGUCCAGUUGGCUGCAUUUUUCACAAUACCAAUUCUAGAAAAAAAAACACGAUAUAUUCAGUGGGCAUUUCAGCCACUCAACACAUAACAAACUGAGCUAGUAAACAAGAUUUAGUGCAAGAUGCGGCGCAGCAUGGCAGCUCCACCGUUGGCAUCAGGUGGAGCUCAGCACUAGUGCUACAGAAAGCAACAGAGAAGAGGUGUGAAAAUGGCUCCUGCAUGUCACUUUGACGAUUAAUCCUGUUGAGACCCGGUAUGAAACGUCCGUUCAGCCCGUCAGCUGUGCCGAACGCCGAGCUGGACAGGAGGGGGUUUGGUGCCCGGCUGGGAGUGCAGAUGGACGCCGAGCUUUGCUGCGACACCCAGGAUGAGGGUGCAGUACCAAAUGAGCAGACACCAGGGGGCACCCUGCCUUCUGCACUCAACAGGCCCAAAAGGGAGAGAAAGCAGCGGAGCUACACAUUGUGUGAGGUCUGCAACAUUCAACUCAACUCAGCCGCACAGGCCCAGAUCCACUACAACGGCAAAUCCCACCAGAAGAGACUCAAGCAGAUCAGCAAUGGCAAGUUGCCAAGUAACACAGGUACGUCGGCCCAGGGCAGCCCCCUUCUGGCAUCCCUCCCUGUCCCAGGACGGCCUCUGCAGCCUCAGCUCGACCUCAAACACCUCCUGCCCUUCAGACUCAAUGGAUCCUCUCCCCUCAGCCUCUUCCCUAACUUUAACGCAAUGGACCCUGUCCAGAAGGCAGUGAUCAACCACACAUUUGGUGUCCCUCAGCCCCUCAAGAAGAAACAGAUUAUCUCCUGCAACAUUUGCCACCUGCGCUUUAACUCAACGAACCAAGCAGAGGCCCACUACAAGGGCCACAAGCACGCUCGGAAGCUCAAAGCCAUGGAGGCCCAGAAGAACAGGCAGCGACGAGCUGGAGAGGCCUCAUCCACAGGAAGGGAGAGAGACAGAGACCGGGAGCGAGAUCGGGACAGGAGCAAGACAUCCACAUCCGAGGCAGCUCUUCCCGCACUCAUGGACACAAGCUUAGUGGAGGGAACAAGUCUUCAGUCUGAUCUAGAACCAGCCAACCUGGAGGCGAAGCUCGAGGAGAGUCCCAGGAGCUCAGUUAUGCUGACGCCAGUAUCUGAGGUUUCCUCUGUGGAGUUGGUCACCCUUUCCCCUCCUCAGAUUUCACCUUCCUCACAGCUCUCAGAGACUGCCUCAGACACCAGCACCCCCGAAGUCCCAGAGGCUGCCGAGGCCACGGGCCCCACCACUGAGUCAGGCAGCCAUGCAGACACAUCCAGCACAAAUGGGGAGCCACGUACAGAUGAGGACAAGGACCCCAAGAAGAACAAGGCUCACCUCCAUUGUCCUGUCUGUAAAGUCACAGUCAACUCCGUCUCCCAACUGGAAGCACAUAACAGUGGUACAAAGCACAAAUUGAUGCUGGAAGGUCACAGUGUUUUGCCUAGACGCAGGGGGAAAGUGGUGGCAGCUCGUGCAGGCUGUAAGAGCAAGCGUCUGGGCAACAAAGGCAGUGUUGGGGUGCCCAGCAAGAACUUUCAUUGUGAAGUGUGUGAGAUCUUUGUGAACUCUGAGACCCAGCUUAGCCAGCACAUGAAUAGCAGAAGGCACAAGGAUAGGCUGGCCGGAAAACCACCCAAACCCAAAUUUACCCCCCACAGCAAGAGCCAGCCAAGCUCCAGCUUAGCGAACGUGAGAUGGAGUGGCUAUGCAGGCGUGGCUGUGUCUGCCAUGAAGAAAGCGUUCAGCCAGUACAAUCUCACCUCCCUCUCCUCACAGACCAAGCUGGCCUUGCAGAAGCAGCUGACCAAGAGCUUGACAACUGGCUUCCUGCCCAGCCCCCUCACCCAGCCAACUCUGUGCACAGUGGCAACUAACCCGCUGGCUCUGCGCCACCCAGUGGGCACCACAACCUUCAUCCAGACCCCCUUCCUGGGCCCUGCACUGUUUCGACCUGCCCCGGGUCCGCUGCGGGCCACACACACACCCAUUAUCUUCUCCCCCUACUAAAGACUUGACCCACUUCCCAUUUCAGCUCCACCCUUGUCCCUUUACCAAACCCCAGGCCCUCCUUUAGUGUGACCCACAUGACAAAGGCCACACACAAACUAUGCAGCCCACCUGACUUACGAUGGAAAGAGUGCACAUGUCCUGACGCUCAGUAGGCCAUUAGGCCUGAGAGUUGUUCCUAUCAUAAAGGCCAAGAUCCCCCAUCAUGCCUUCUUUCUGCUCCUCUUAUCAUGACCUAAGGAGCAGGACAGGCCUCCAGACAGUGACUGGUGCACAGAGGCCGCUUUUAUAGCCAUUUCGUGGGUCAACAUGGUUUGGAUUAUGGAUAUUAUUGUGUAAUUUAUUAGAGAACAAAUUUAGACAAGUCUAGAUGUAUGUUUAGUGUGGUUGCCACAAAAUAAGGUCCCUUUACUUGAUGCUCUUUUAAAACGUUUUUAACUUAUUGGUUUGGGGGUUUCAUGAAAGGUGGGAAGAUCAUAGGUCAUUAAAGCAGCUGAACCCGAGGCAUUCUCAUGUAUGGCUGGACAAGCCAGUCUCAUUCAACAGUGUUUUCAACUAACACGCUUAAAGGAUCAUCGGAGGUCAAUUGCUGUCACAUAUCAUCUUGGUUAUGGCAAUUAUCAAACAACUCUCUGGGCAAGUAGCCCUUCUCAACUUAAAACAUUUGAAGGACAAAUGUGAGUCCUCAGUGUGGGUGGUACUGCGUGUGAAGUUAUAAACUACAUACUGUAUGUCUAUAUAUUAAAACCCUGUUAGCACCAUUUUGCACCUCCAGCCCUCUCCCAAAUACGGUUUCCCCGAGCCCUUAACUCAUACAAUUAAAACAUUUCUCUCUCUCUUUCUUUCUGAGUCACAGCAACAGUCAGAGUCCUCCAGAUUUUUUUCCUUUCUUGUAUCCCCAGGAUUAAGCACUCAUUAAGGUCCAGAAAAGGUCAGCUUGUCAACUUUACUUUGUUUCAAUUUGCAAAUCUGUCUUUGGAAUGAUUUUUUUUUUUUUUUGCUCCUGUGCAUCAUUCACACACUGCAGCUUGAACAUUAUGUUCUCGCCAAGCUAGCGGCACGAAAACAUUUUUGCAGCUAUGGACGUCUUACAUUGCAAAAUGCCAUUAUUUCUUUCCCCUCACGACUGUUCUUUUUCUUUUCCUUUCUCCUUCACCCCGCUGUCGUCAGCUCGCUGUUGCUUUUGAUUUUCUGUGGCGUUAUCUCAGCAUGAGAUGAUGAGGAGGAGCAGGGAAAGCCUCCCCACAACACACAAUCACACACAUAAUGAAAACACAAUGGAUAACUUGAAGACUUGAUGGGAUUUCAGAGCUCAAUGAAAAGUUUGGAUGACAGUGGGUGGGGAGGCUGCUCAGCCAGUACUUGAUUGACAUCCUGUUGCAGUGUUUGUGCACAGCGUGGGAGGGAACAAAGCACAGUGCCAUGGCAACCACAUUAAAAGCACCUUAAAACUGAUUUACUUACAAAAGCAAUGAAAAUUGUGUUGAUAUUCACCUUUUUUUGCUCUAGGUGUAUAUUUUUACAAUCCCAUGUCAAUUUCAGUGAGAAUUUUGCUUCAAAAAAACUAAAAAACAAUCAGGUGAGAAUGAUCACAUUAUGGUUUAUCCAUAACAAAGACAAGUCUCACAUUUAAAGCAAUACAUUCAAUAUGUUUAUGUUUAUGAUGUGUUUUCAGUGUAUCAGUGGCUUUAUCUAUUCUAGACUGUACACACCUGUAACAAUGUAUUAUGUACUCCAACACAGCCAGGGGCCAACUCUGAAUUGUCAGCGAAGAGUCAUUUGAAAUGAGGGGUUGUCCUGACGGUGUUGCCCUUGAUGCUUGAUGCUCAUGGUCAGUCUCCACAUUUGUGACUCUGGGCUAAGCCGUUGCCAUUUAUAGCUGCUCUCGCGCUGCGGAAAGGGUGCUUCAGCGCCAUAUGACAUUGCUGUUUCACUUUUUAGUGGAGCAGGAGGACUUUUGUAUGACUUCCACUGAGCAAAACAUUGUUACGUCAGAGACAAGUGUUUGGGAUUAGUGCCACAAGUGCAACAUCAACUGUCAUAUUGCUGUUCAUGCCCGUGUGCUGUAUCCCCCCUCCCACCCAGGAUAUCUACUGACACUCAGCCCUCCCUCUGCCAAAAUGGACUGUUGGCAAGGUCUCAUAAGGACUUGGAGCGUACACAUCAUCCUUCCUUCAACACUCAUACCAAAUCAUGUUCUCUUAAAUUACAGUAAUGGAGCAAAUCCUAUGCAUUUCUCAUUGUGCAAUAUGUAAAGUUGUCUGUGAUGCAGCAGUGCCAUCUGUCGUGAAAACCCUGUAAUUGCCAUCCAGUACUAGUGCUUCUACAAAACCUUUGAUUCUAUGUACAUUUCUGUUUAAGGACCCCCCCAAGUCUUUCUGGGUAAGGGAAGCCACCGGGUCUCCCCGCCAUACUGAUGUGAUUCUCCCCAGUCGCACUACUCAGUGAACCAGCCAGCCUUUAAUCUUCACUGUUUGUUUGUUUCUAUCGCUCAGUGGGAACUCUGACCUAAAGAACUGAAACUUUCUUAAAAUAAAGAAUCUAGAGAAGGCAAAUUAUAUGUAGAAAUCAUAGAGUAACUAUAGAGAUUUUAUCAGAGUUGCUAUUGUUAUCUGUAUCAUAAUGAACUGCUAUCAUAGAAGAGAAUAGAUUAUGUUAUUGUAGGCUCUGUACGGCAUACAGGGAAAGGAAAAAUGCUUCGCUUUCUUUUAUUCUUUGUUUAUUUACGUGGAUAUGUUGGUAAAACAUGUUUUUUUUUAAAGUACAAGAGAAAAUAUUUAAAACAAAAUUUUUUGAGUUGAGCUUUUUUUUUUCUCCUUGUUGACGGUGACUGAAUUCAAGGCCUUUUUAGACAAUAUCCUAAAGUCACAUUAGGCAGGCCUUCUCAGGGGUGACAGGUUGAGCAAAUGCUAACAUGACCAUCCAUUCAGGGUAUCCCUCCAUAGCUCCAGAGAGCAGGAAACACUGUACGCAUGGAUGGAUUGACAAAAAAAAACAAAACAACUUACAGUGCUGUACCAUAGAGAGGACAAGGGAUGGAUUUUGGAAAAUAAAGCUUUUAGAACUUGUAAA